AUGACUGCCUCCCCUCACCUACUGACUGCCCUCGGCUUCAUCCUCAUCUCGGCCCUGACGGUGCGCGCGUCGAACACGACGGCGCUGGCCAUCCGCCACCCCGAUCUUCCAUGGCCGCCAGCCGCCCAUGAUGUGCAGGUACAGCUCUACAACGCUCGGGCUCCCGCGUCGAACACCACAGCCCUGACCACCCUUCAGCCCGCUCUUCCAUGGCCGCCAGUCGACCACGACGUUCGCACGCUCGCCUUCAUCAACCCCUUCACGCUGCAAGAAAGGUUGCUGAUCGCCGUGCUGCUGGUGCUGCUCCUCUGCAUCUGCGAGCAGCUGGACGAAGAGGCUUCUCAGACAUGGUUGCCACCUGUUUUCCUCGAUCCCUCGGUGUUAGCCGCCAAGCCAUCGCCAUCGAAGAAGGUGUCGCUGCGUGUGCGCAAUGUUCCCGCGGAAGCUCUGCACGCUGACCUGAACCUCAUCGAUCGUCACCUCAUCUCCAGCGCCCAUCUCGUGGCCGUCGACUUUGGCGCGGACUGCCCCUCCGUUCCGCACCCCGACCUCUGCCUCCUCUACAUACACUACAAGCCACAAAGCCUCAAGGCCAGCCCUCGCGCCGCUUUCCGAUACGUCGACGCUGACGUGCGCACCUACGAUUUUGGCAACCAGCGCUCGGUGGAAUCUUGUUUUGCCUGGGACUACAUCAUCGAUUUCCCGAAACUGGCUGGCGGUGAUGGUCUGACGGCUGUGCAGCGCGUCCGCGUCCGUUUCGCCAACCCAGCCGCCAUUGAUGGAGACUUUGUCAACGGACAAGGCGUGUUAUUCAAGGUGUUCCGCCGACCAGCGCCCAAACGGAUCCAGGGCAGCCAGCCGAUGCCGAAGGUGGCCGAGUCGCCCGAAACCGAGUGC